AUGCAAUAUGAAAAUAUUAAAAUAUAUACAUACACACAUAAUGAUUACAGCUUCUUAACUUUGAAUAGUAUUUCUCGCGAGGAAACUGGUCGCUUAGUGAAUAUCGUCGAAAACAAUGAUCAUAUUGCUGUUGAGGGUUCUUACUUUGAUAACGACCCCGAUGGAAGAGAUGUAAUUGUCAAAUAUACUGCUGACGAAAAUGGAUAUCGUAUUAUUGGUUCGAAGUCGAAUUUCCUUUAUAAGUUCUUACAUUACCUGGUAAUGUAG